AUGGUUUCUGCAAGGCUCUUCGUCGUGGCCUUCGCGCUUCGCUCUGCUGUCGCUUCGCCAUGCAAACCUCGUCCCAUUUCGACGACCUCAGCUCUUGAAUCGUCUGCCACUGCCACUUCUGGUUCCACUUCUUUGACCUUUGAGAGUUCCACUGAUGUCUCAUCCACCUCCAGCGAGACUUCUGUUGAGACAUCUGGCACUUCAACCUCUGACGUGUCUCUGACUACUGCAACCACUGGUACUGCAAGUAAGACCGAGACCUUGUCCACGAGUGCCACUGGUGGUACGAGCGCUGAGUCUCUGCGGAGUGAGACCAGUACAACAGAUGGCUCCACCACCGUCGGGACCUCUGCUGGGACCACGACAACUGCGGGCGAGUCUACUUCAGACACAACCAAUACAGUCCUGACCACCACUAAGGCCGUGACAGAUGGUACUGAGUCUCCUUCAGUCACAGCCUCCACAGCCACUUCUACCUCUGAGUCUUCUACCGAGACUUCUGCUGAAGCUCAUGACACCACUUCCACUGGCUCUGCCACCCACAUAGAUACGACAACCGCAAUUGAGUCUGCUAGCGAUACCUCCACUGACGUCUCGACAACCACAGGUACGGAGCCUAGCUUGGUCACCACUACCGUAGCCGACUCCACCACCGACACCUCCGCUGUGGACUCUACUACUGACACUACUGGGUCCCCCUCGGACACAACCACCACGACUGAAGCGGUCACCUCGACUGAGACCUCUACCGAGCCCUCUACUAAGCCUCAAUCUACCACUGUCACAGAGUCUAUGUCAGACACAACCACAACGGCCAACUCUAGCAUCGAGUCCACCGAGUCUACCGAACCUACCUCAGACACCGCCACAACAGCUCAGUCUACCACCGCGACUUCCUCAGAGGGCUCUACUCCGACAGCAGAGUCUACAACCCAGACCUCUGCUACGGCCUCUACUACCCCUACCACCGUCGUCUCCUCAGACACGACUGCUACCACUGGAGCGGCCACUUCUACUGAGACUUCUACUGAGCUGCAGUCUGCCGCAACCACUGAGCCCACCUCCGACACCACAACGGCCCAGUCAACCACUGCUGUGUCGACCGAGGCCUCGACCACGACAACUACUGAGUUCAGCUCGGGCACCACUACUACGGCCGAGGUCACUACCGAGACGUCUUCCACUGAGGCCUCGACUACCACCUCUGCUGAGUAUUCGUCGGACACUUCCACCACUGUAGCUGCCACCUCAACCGAGACUACCUCUUCUACCCUUGUCGAGUCCACCACAACCACUGCCGAGGCAAUGACCACUUCCAGUGAGGAAUGCAAGAUCUAUCCUUAUAUGCUUAUCUAA